AUGCAUCUGGGCAUGAAUAUAUCCAACGCUUUACAACAAUUAGAAAGCGUAAAAGCAGCUGUUGAUCAAAGUGAUGAUCCCAAGUUAAAGGCUGCAGCAAAUGAUGACUUGAAUAUGUUAAUUAAUUUAUUGGAAAGUCCAAUACUAAAAAGUAUAGCUACACUUCACGAUUCUGUGGGUAUGCUUGCAACUCAAGUGGCACACCAUCCUUCAAUAAUUCCAGGAGAUUUUGACAUUACACCAGCAGGUGACCUUGCUCUUCAAACAAGGAAUCUGUAUGGUGGACAUGAAGGUGAGGAGGAACAAAGAGUACCACAGGUCUCACCACCUCAUAGUUUAGAGUUUGGUUCCAGUUCUGACAAUGAACGCAUUCUUGGCCUUGAUAGUGGUUCUGUGGACUCUAACAUGUCUCCUAAACAAAAUCGAGGGCUUUUGGACCUAUCACGAAAUGAUGAUUCUUUGGCAUCUGGAUCUAACAAUAUUGUAGCCAGUGAUUGGGCACAGGUUGAGAUCAUAAAUCUAGUCAACGACGGCACUGGACUUGGAUUUGGUAUCAUAGGCGCUAGAACCAGUGGAGUGAUUGUUAAAACUAUAUUAGCGGGUGGAGUCGCCGAUCGAGAUGGUCGUUUGAAAUCAGGAGAUCACAUUCUACAAAUAGGAGAUGCACAUCUAAUGGAGAUGGGGUCGGAACAGGUGGCGGGAGUGUUGCGUGCUUCGGGCUCACGCGUACGCCUCGUGGUCGCACGGGCCGCUGAUCCCGCUGCUCCGCCUCUACACAAUCACUCGGCUCACCCAGCUCCACUUGUACCGGCCAGGCUUCUAUCGGAUCCAGAGGCUCUAGACCGCUACCUGCUGGAAGCAGGGUUCGAGCAAGUAUUUCACACACAGCCUACGCCCGUGGCACACAGUGCAAACGCAUCUAGAUUCAUCUUCGAUCGUUCUAUCACACCACCAGUCGAAACAGAGGCCGAGUCGCCCGAGGUGGAUAGAUUCACUGUGCAGCUGAAGAAGGAUGAGAAUGGCCUUGGAAUUACAAUAGCAGGUUAUGUCUGCGAAAAAGAAGAGCUGUCUGGUAUAUUUGUAAAGUCAGUAACGCCAGGCAGCGCUGCGGCGUUGAGCGGGAAGGUGCGUGUGAACGAUCGCAUUGUGGCUGUGGAUGGCGUGUCAUUGGCGGGCAAGUCUAACCAACGAGCCGUCGAUGCACUCAAGCAGAGCGGAAACGUCGUCACAUUAGAGUUGGAGAGAUAUCUCCGUGGUCCAAAGUUCGAGCAGCUUCAGCAAGCGAUAGCGGCAGGCGAGUCUGCAGCAUCGACCGUACCUCCACACAACCCCUUCCUACACAUGCAUCGACCCGACUCCGUAACAUCUCCCGAACACGACAUCCAGAUGACGCAUCUACAGAACUCUGUUAGCGUUGAAAGCGCAGUAGAAGAAGUAGUAAGUACAUCACCUCCACCGCCAACCAUCACACGAUCACAUCCACCAUUUGAGAUGCCGCGCACACAGGAACAGAAAGAUGUCAUUAAGAGGAAGUGGCAGGCCAUACUAGGCGACGAAGUAGAAAUAGUAGUGGGUGUGGUGGUCCGCGGUGGCGGCGGCUUGGGCAUCUCGCUGGAGGGCACGGUGGACGUGGAGGGGGGGGCGCGAGGUGCGCCCGCACCACUACGUGCGCUCCGUGCUGCCCGAGGGGCCCGUGGGCCGCGCCGGCGUGCACCGCCCUGGGGACGAGCUGCUGGGUACGUGGUUACUUACAGGGCACGGUGGACGUGGAGGGAGGGCGCGAGGUGCGCCCGCACCACUACGUGCGCUCCGUGCUGCCCGAGGGGCCCGUGGGCCGCGCCGGCGUGCACCGCCCUGGGGACGAGCUGCUGGGUACGUGGUUACUUACAGGGCACGGUGGACGUGGAGGGGGGGCGCGAGGUGCGCCCGCACCACUACGUGCGCUCCGUGCUGCCCGAGGGGCCCGUGGGCCGCGCCGGCGUGCACCGCCCUGGGGACGAGCUGCUGGGUACGUGGUUACUUACAGGGCACGGUGGACGUGGAGGGAGGGCGCGAGGUGCGCCCGCACCACUACGUGCGCUCCGUGCUGCCCGAGGGGCCCGUGGGCCGCGCCGGCGUGCACCGCCCUGGGGACGAGCUGCUGGGUACGUGGUUACUUACAGGGCACGGUGGACGUGGAGGGAGGGCGCGAGGUGCGCCCGCACCACUACGUGCGCUCCGUGCUGCCCGAGGGGCCCGUGGGCCGCGCCGGCGUGCACCGCCCUGGGGACGAGCUGCUGGGUACGUGGUUACUUACAGGGCACGGUGGACGUGGAGGGAGGGCGCGAGGUGCGCCCGCACCACUACGUGCGCUCCGUGCUGCCCGAGGGGCCCGUGGGCCGCGCCGGCGUGCACCGCCCUGGGGACGAGCUGCUGGAGGUCAACGGUCACCGUUUGCUGGGCAUGAACCACUUAGAGGUGGUGUCUAUCCUGAAGGAGCUUUCAAGUGAAGUAUGCAUGGUAUGCGCGAGACCAAGACCUGCACCUCCGUUGGACUUGGCGCCUCCUUCGGCCACUCUAGUCAAGGCUAAAUCUGACGGGAGUUUGGCAGGCGCAGGCGCUGAAGAGGGUGGUUCUCUAUCAGCAGGAGGCAAAGUACGUUCGCGUAGUCUUGAACCGCUCACUGGCCUUGCUAUGUGGUCUUCAGAACCACAAAUUAUAGAAUUAGUAAAAGGCGAGCGAGGUUUGGGGUUCUCAAUUCUAGACUACCAAGACCCGCUACGUCCGUCCCACACGUUAGUGGUGAUCCGGUCGCUGGUGCCCGGCGGAGUUGCGCAACAGGACGGACGACUCAUACCCGGCGACCGACUGUUGUUUGUCAAUGAUCAGAACCUGGAGGACGCGAGCCUGGAGCAGGCCGUGGCGGCGCUGAAGGGCGCGGCGCGGGGCGUGGUGCGCAUCGGCGUGGCCAAGCCGCUGCCGCUCGCCGACGCGCCGCCGCCGCUGCCCGCCACCGCGCCGCCCGCGCUGCCCUGA